UCCCACCGUUUGCGACGGUAUCCAGCGGCACCUGGAGACCGCUCAGCUGAGACCCUCCACAGCUGAGACAACGUUGUUGGCCGAGUCUCAGAUUUACAUGAUGUUAUCUAACUGCACAUGUAGUGAAUUAAGUUGUGCCAGAGUGUAGUGGUGCGUGCGGAAAAGCUGUGUGUCUGUAGAAGUUGUGGCUCAGCGCAACAACGCCUGAACUGAGGCCAAAAUGACCAUGGAGAUUACCAAGACAGCCGGUAGACAUAAUCCGUUGGCAAACGCCACGUUCCUCUCUAGGAUCUUUUUAUGCUGGCUGACCCCGUUGCUGCGCCUCGGCCACAAACGGAGGCUCGAGGAAGCGGACAUGUACAGCGUUCUUCCGGAGGAUCGGUCGGAGGUACUCGGAGAGGAGCUACAAAGGUUUUGGAACCAAGAAGUCAAAAGAGCUACAAAGGAACUUCGGAAGCCAAAACUCAGCACAGUUCUUAUCAAGUGCUACGGGAAGGCCUACGCACUGGCCGGGUUGUUUGCAUUUUCACUGGAGGCCAUUAAAGUGAUCCAGCCUCUGCUCCUGGGCAAAAUCAUCCUGUACUUUGAGAAUUAUGACCCGGAUGACCAUAGAAGUCUUUGCAUGGUGUACAGUUACACCACAGCAAUGUCGCUCUCCACCUUCGGACUGACCGUCCUCCAACAUCUCUAUUACUACCACGUCCAAAGAACGGGCAUGAAGAUACGAGUGGCCAUGUGUCACAUGAUCUACAAGAAGGCUCUCGGUCUCAGCAGCGAGUCCAUGGGACAAACCACCACGGGACAGAUUGUGAACCUCCUUUCGAACGAUGUCAACCGAUUCGAUGAGAUAACACUCAAUCUGCACUACCUGUGGGUGGGUCCUCUACAAGCGACGGCAAUCAUCGUUUUCCUAUGGUACGAGAUCGGCCCCUCGUGUUUGGCAGGCGUGGCAGUGGUUACCCUCAUGUUGCCUGUGCAGACCUGGUUUGGAAAACUCUUUGGCAUCUUCAGGAGCAGAACGGCGGUCCUCACUGACAAAAAGAUUCGCAUCAUGAACGAAGUGGUGUCUGGCAUCAGGAUCAUCAAGAUGUACGCCUGGGAGAAACCGUUCUCAGCUCUGGUGACUGAAGUCAGAAGGCAAGAAAUCAGGCAGAUAUUGAACAGCUCCUACCUGCGAGGACUCAACAUGGCCUCCUUCUUUGCCAGCAGCAAGAUCAUCGUCUUCGUUACCUUCACCGUCUACGCUCUGCUGGGCAACACCAUCACGGCCAGCAGCGUGUUUGUCACCGUGUCCCUCUACGGGACCAUCAAGCUCACCGUCACCCUGUUUUUCCCCCUGGCUGUCGAGAAGCUGUCAGAGACCAUAGUCAGCAUCCAGAGGAUUAAGAAUUUCCUCCUGCUGGAAGAAGUUGAGAGAAGAAACUCGGGGCUACCUCCUGAGGAGAAGAACUCCAUUGAGAUUGAGAAGCUGACCUGCUACUGGGAUAAGAGUUUGGAUGCUCCAUCUCUCCAGAAUGUCUCUGUCUCCGUGAAGUCACAUCAGCUUCUCACUGUAAUUGGACCAGUGGGAGCUGGAAAGUCGUCUCUGCUGAGCGCCAUCCUGGGAGAGCUGCCUCACGACUCGGGGACGGUGAGUGUCAGAGGUCAGCUGAGCUACGCGUCCCAGCAACCGUGGGUGUUUCCCGGAACCAUCCGCAGUAACAUCCUGUUCGGGAGAGAGCUGAACCCCCAGAGGUACGAGAGAGUCAUCAGGGCCUGCGCUCUGAAGAAGGACCUGGAGCUGCUUCCAGAUGGAGACUUGACGACGAUCGGAGACAGAGGAGCCACGCUCAGCGGGGGACAGAAAGCUCGCGUCAACCUGGCAAGGGCUGUGUAUCAGGAUGCAGAUAUCUACCUUCUGGAUGACCCUUUAAGUGCCGUGGACGCCGCCGUGGGGAAACAUCUUUUAGAACAGUGUAUCUGCGGCCUGCUGAAGAACAAGUCUCGCAUCCUGGUCACCCACCAGCUGCAGCACCUCAGGGCGGCAGACCAGAUUCUGGUUCUCGAGGAGGGUCACGUCAGGGCCCAGGGCACCUACAACGAGCUGUGCUCGUCGGGUCUGGACACGGCGUUCCUGCUGCGGAUGGACGAGGAGCGGGAGCGACGGCCUCUGUCGCUUGACGCAGACAAACUGUCGUUACACAGCCAGAGGACAAAUCUCUCGCACGGCUCGCAUUGUUCUCACAGCAGCCUUCUGCCACCAGAGAGCAACUGGACCGAGCAGCAUCCUGUUGAAAGCGUUUGCACCACAGCAGAGGAGACUCGGGUAGACGGAGAUGUUAGCGGCCCCAUCUAUCUCAAGUACUUCACCUCAGGCUGUAACUUCCUGGUCUUGUUGCUCAUAAUCGUGCUGAGCAUCACGGCGGAGGUUGCUUAUAUCCUGCAGGACUGGUGGCUGGUGUACUGGGCGAGAGAAGAGCAUCAGAACAGCACAGCCACCGCCGCCGACAUUAAAAAUGGAGUGAACGCCACUCGGUCGGACGGAGAGUUUAGUCUCAGAUUUUACCUGGGCAUUUAUUCAGGUUUGACAGCAGUGGCGGUGGUCUGCGGCUAUGCCAGGAGUUUGGUGCUCUUUCACGGGCUGGUGAGGUCAGCGGAGGCAUUGCACAACAGCAUGUUCAGCGCUGUCCUCCGCGCGCCUGUUCGGUUCUUUGAUGUCAACCCCAUAGGACGAGUUCUGAACAGGUUUUCCAAGGACGUCAGCCAGAUGGACUCAACGUUACCCAUCACCUUUGUAGAUUGUUACCAAUUAUCGUUGCAGAACGCCGGCGUGGUCGCGGUGGCAGCUUCGGUCAUCCCUCUCAUCCUGAUCCCCGUCGUUCCCCUGUUUUUAAUCUUCUUGUACUUGAGGCGUUUCUACCUCAGCACAUCGCGAGACGUCAAGCGCCUGGAGUCCACGACUCGGAGUCCGGUCUUCUCCCACUUGUCUUCGUCUCUUCAGGGCCUGCGUACGAUUCGAGCCUUCGGGGCCCAGGAGAGGUUAAAGAAAGCCUUUGACGCCCAUCAGGACCUCCAUUCAGAGGCCUGGUUUUUGUUCCUGAUGACCUCCCGCUGGUUUGCACUUUGCCUGGACAGCAUUUGUUCCAUAUUUAUCACCUUCACAACAUUUGGCUGCAUCUUACUCAGAGACGGGCUUGAGGCCGGACAGGUGGGCCUGGUGCUGACCUACGCUGUGACGCUGAUAGGAAACUUCCAGUGGACCGUGAGGCAAAGCGCAGAGGUGGAGAACACUAUGACGUCGGUGGAGAGGGUGGUGGAGUAUACCGAGCUAAAGAGCGAAGCCCCCUGGGAAACCGAGAAGCGGCCUCCUCCCAACUGGCCGAACCGAGGAGAGGUGACCUUUAGUGGGGUCAGCUUGUCGUACAGCGGCGACGGCUCGCCCGUCCUCAAGGACAUCAGCGCCACCUUCCAACCUGGCGAGAAGGUCGGUAUAGCGGGGAGAACGGGCGCGGGGAAAAGCUCCCUGGUUUCGGCCCUGUUCCGGUUGGCGGAGCCUCGAGGAAAGAUCUACAUUGACGGCGUUCUGACGUCCGAGAUCGGCCUGCACGACCUGCGCCAGAGGAUGUCCAUCAUUCCCCAGGACCCGGUGCUGUUUACUGACACUGUGAGGAAAAACCUGGACCCUUUCAAGCAGCACACAGAUGAGGAGCUGUGGACGGUUCUGGAAGAGGUGCAGCUGAAGUCCGUGGUGGAGGAGCUGCCCGGCAAGUUGGAGACGGUUCUGGCCGAGUCGGGCUCCAACUUUAGUGUGGGCCAGGGCCAGCUGGUGUGUCUGGCCAGGGCCAUCCUGAGGAAGAACCGCAUCCUGGUGAUCGAUGAGGCCACGGCCAACGUGGACCCCAGGACGGACGAGCUGAUCCAGAGGACCAUCCGGGACAAGUUCCGAGAAUGCACCGUGCUCACCGUGGCUCAUCGGCUGAACACCAUCGUGGACAGCGACCGCAUACUGGUGCUGGACAGCGGUGUCAUCCAGGAGUUUGACUCUCCCUGGACCCUGCUGCAAAACAAACACGGCAGUCUGUACAAGACGGUGCAGCAGUUGGGACCGUCCGAGGCGACGGCCCUGCUGGAGUUGGCCAGACAGGCGGCCGGGCAGAACGGACGACCCGAGAGCGGCGCAACGCGUGCCGCGCCGGCACCGUGAAGAGGCAGGAGGUAGAGCGGUGUAUCUGCGAAAGGAGCAGAGGAGGGGAGGUUUCUUUGGACUUGAUUUUACUGUGAAGCGUUGAAGGGUGCAAUAGUUGUUUUGCAAUAAAGGAGACGCCAAGGUCAAGAGAGUCAGGGUCUUUGUAUGUUUGUGCCAGUAAGGUGUCCGAAGAGAGACAAGUGUUCUUGAAGCUCGACAGCUCUGGUAAGUACAGUCAGCAUGUCUACACUUUUAAUGAUUUGUUGUUGUCUAUCACAAUCAGAUCAAUACAAGAGUGAGAGAAGCUUUUUUUUCCUAAGGGUUCUAAUAUUUCACACGGCCUGAGGUUCAUGUGUUUCUGAUGAUCACAGAUCUGUGUGGCUGAAUGUGAAACUGUGUGUCUGAGGUUUGUCUUUACAGGGUCUUGAUCUCCCAGGAGUGAGUUUGCCGUAUUCAGAGGGUCAGAAUGAAUUUGUUAAAAGUCAAAGUCAAGGUGCCAAAAGAGUCAGAGAGCCGAUGGGAACGUCUUGUCACAGCACAGGUCUUUGACGGGCAUCACCAGCAGCCCCACCACUGGGUUGGACACAGCCAGAGGCAGGAGCAGGGUCCGGGUUCGGAGCUGCGGGAAACACAGGUCGAGCGAAGGACGAACGAGGUUGCGGAGCAGGAAGUCAUCACCGGGACAUCGGAGACCCCUGAAGACGAUCCUGUGUAGCAGCAGCAGCAGCAAGGCUCGAGCCACGGCAAGAUGACCAAUGUCAUAAAGAGCGGUAUGGCGGCCGCACUAGCGGGGUUUGAUCUACGGAGGCCUGCCAGCCGCACGCCACGCCAGGCAGAGGUACAUCCAGCUCAAUCAGGCGGAAAUCUACACGAGUCGUGUGGAUGCAGUGUUCGGUCAGCACGGGCCUGUCUGUGUACGGGGACCAGUAUACCCUCAGCCAUUACGUCGCAGCCGGAGCAACUAGCCUCGGCCCCUGGUGUAAACAAGAUGUGACACAGCAACAGCUGCGGCCUAGGAUACGGCAGCGACUUGUGACGUGCAGACGGGCGGCCAAUAGAGACGGACCGAGGAGACGCGACCGUCCAGAGCGCAGCUCCUUCAGUGGCGAGAGGUGAACUUUCAGGAGGCCAUUAAAGUGAUUCAGCGUCUGCUCCUGGGCAAAAUCAUCCUGUACUUUGAGAAUUAUGACCCGGACGACCAUAGA